AUGUAUACGUGUGAUUUAGAUAGUCAGGGUGGAAAUGAAGACGACGACGAACAAAGACUAACAGUAAUAGUCGCUGUCGCCUCAGCUGUUGGCAUGGUCAUUUUAAUUGCUGUGGGAUGUUUUGCCUACAGACUUAGAAGGAAAGAUUACAAGAGGUCUCGCAGUCAAGGCAGUGAAGACAGCGGCUCUGAUUCUCCUCCUCCGCACAGGACAACUCCCAGGGUAGCACACUUUAACCCCGAGUCUGUUCCCGGUCCGUCCAAUCUACCUGAUGUCUAUAGUGCGGAUGAGCAACAUCAGAUCGACAUGACAAUGUUUGAUAGAAGUGCCCAAAGAGAAAGCAGGCUUGACAGAGAUAUGAACGAUGAAUACCCUUAUUCUCGCCCCUACUCCACCCCGAGACCUAAUAUUCAGUCUGCACAUGCACAGGUGUAUGACAAUGCUGGUUUAGUGCGUGACGAAGGAGGCAUGGUCAGGCGUUCAGAACCAAAUCCUGAUUACGAUAAUACCCCGUCAACCGUUGCGGCUCACGGGGUCAGACGAUCGGGAAGUGAUGUUCGACGUAGCAUUACUCAUCUCUAG